AUGUCUCCUACAGACAGCUUCUACAAUGAGGACAUUGACACCAUCCGGCAACGAGAGUAUCCCAUGCUCAAAGAAGCGACAUAUCUGGAUCAUUCUGGAACAACUCUAUACGCCAAGUCGCUUGUUGAGAGUUUUGCCACGUCUAUGAUAGAUGGACUGUAUGGCAACCCUCACUCUGGUUCCGCAUCAUCCAUUCUAUCCACCAAAAAUAUUGACAAUGUCCGUCUCCGGGUCUUGCAAUUCGUCAAAGCCGACCCAGAAGAGUUCGAUGUGGUAUUUACUGCAAAUGCAACCGCUGCAAUCAAAAUCGUGACCGAGGGGUUCAGAUCCAGGGACAAGGGCUUUUCUUACCUAUAUCACCGAGACGCGCAUACGAGUCUUAUAGGUGUUCGAGAAAGUGCUUCACGGGGUCAUUGUUUUACGUCAGAUGAGGCGGUCGAGCAUUGGAUCGAAUCUGGCGAUGAAGCUCGUGAGGAGAGUGGCGAAAUGCCAACAUUAUUUGCCUACCCGGCACAAUCAAACAUGAACGGACGUCGACUACCACUGACGUGGCCAGGUCAAGUUCGAAAGACUAAAAGCAACACAUAUACAUUACUCGACGUUGCGGCAUUCGUUUCGUCAGCUAAACUAGAUCUGAGCAACCUCGACGAAGCUCCUGAUUUCCUUUCGAUGAGCUUCUAUAAAAUCUUCGGCUUUCCAGAUUUGGGUGCACUUAUUGUGCGGAAGCCUGCUGGUCACAUGUUAAGCCAACGGAAAUACUUUGGUGGUGGUACUGUAGACCUGGUCACUUGUCUCAAAGAGCAAUGUUAUAUUCCAAAAAAGGAAACUAUCCAUCAGCAAUUGGAGGAUGGAACUCUGCCCAUACACAAUAUUCUCGCUCUAAAUAGCGCGUUUGAUGUGCAUACACGUCUGUACGGAUCUAUGGAUCAAAUAUCAAAGCACACUUCCACGCUGGCACGGAACCUGUACCAAGGUCUAUCCACUUUGAAGCACUUCAACGGCCAACCAGUCUGCAUAAUAUAUACAGACUCACCAUCAUCUUAUGGCGGCAAAGAACAGGGUCCUACAGUUGCUUUAAACAUCAAAGAUAGCAAUGGACAAUGGGUUGAUAACUCGGAAAUUGAAAAAAUUGCUUCCAUCAGAAACAUACACUUACGAAUUGGAGGUGUUUGCAAUUCUGGCGGAAUAGCUCAUUACCUAGAUAUCUCACCUUCCGAGAUGCGAGAAAACCUUGCUCUUGGUCAGCGCUGCGGUAUUAAUAGUUUAGGCGUUGGAGGAAAGCCAACAGGCAUCAUACGUGUCAGUCUCGGCGCAAUGAGCAAUAUGACGGACGUUACGACAUUCAUAGACUUCGUGAGUCAAUUUUUCGUCGAGGAAGAAAGCCAACAAGUCGACGAUUUAGACUCCGAGAAAGUAGAGACGCCUUCGCUCUUUGUCGAAAGCCUCACGGUAUAUCCCAUCAAGAGUUGUUCUGGCUGGCCAGUCCCCGCGAAUACUCCAUGGGAGAUCAAGAAAGAAGGAUUAUCAUUUGAUAGAGAAUGGUGUUUGGUGCACUCCGGAACAGGUAGAAUAUUAAGCCAGAAGCGGUAUCCCAGGAUGGCACUCCUAAAACCCGAGAUUGACCUAAAGCAAGGCAUGUUGCGAGUCAGAGUGAAGGGGGAGAAGAGUGAAGAAGCCCCCGAGCAAGUUUCCGUCCCUUUAGAUUUCCGCUCUGCAGAUUUCAAGACCCCGCCAUCGAAUUCCAGCGGCACAGCCGCGAACAUAACGCCUUACAACUCGCCACAAAUCAGCGACUUCUUCACCUCGGCGCUCGGCGUACCUUGCAACCUAGCACGCUUCCCAGCUUCUGCUGCAGGACCCAGUACGCGCCAUUCAAAGCCUCAUCUCCAGAAGACUCAAGUCCCGCGCAAGCGACCAAUGGAGGAAAGCAUAGCUCCAGCUACAGUCCAGACUCCCUUCCCCACGCCUCCACAAAGCCCAACGUCCUCCACAUCUCAAUCCCUGCUCUUCUCCAACGAAAGUCCCAUCCUAUGCACCACACGCCCCUCCCUCGAUGCCCUCAACUCAGAACUACUCGCACGAGGAAAACCUCCAAUCCACUACUCCGUCUUCCGCUCAAACAUCGUCAUCGCCUCCUCCCUCACACCCACGCCCGCCUACCUAGAAGACUCCUGGACGCACCUCGAAAUCGGCGACUCGGCAACGCCAGCGCUCUUCCAAAUGCUGGGCAAAUGCCAACGCUGCUCAAUGGUCUGCGUAAACCAAGAGACGGGCGCGAAGAGCGAGGAGCCGUUCGUGACGCUGGCCAAGACGAGGCGCUUCGACAACAAGGUGUAUUUCGGGGAGCACAUGUCGCUUAUGUGGGGAAGUAGGGAUAGGGUUUUUGUUAAGAUCGGUGAUGUGGUGAAAGCUUCUACGUGUUGA